UAUGUGGAAUACAUACAUAUAUCCACUUAAUUUACCUUAAUCGGCCACAGUCGUCAAUUGUGCGCUCGUCCAGCUAUUGGAUCAUCGAAAUUGGGCAGCGAAGGGAAAAGUGUAUUCAACGCUAACACUGUAGAUAUCCGAGAAUAAAAUGCUAAAUAAUUAAAUUAUUUCAUGUUAAAUUUAAAAAGGCAUAAGUUUCGACGAUUAAAAUUUAAAAUACUCCGAACAAAUUGAAAGGCUAAAAUUGUGCGAAGUAUCUAUCUAUUAUGCAAAUUAACUAAUUAACGAAAUUCAUAGCAGCAAUAAAAAUUCGCAUGCAAAUUGAAGAUAAAUAAAAGCAGUUUAAAUCCGAAAUCCGGUAAGAAAAGUGGCAACAAUCAACUGCUCAAAAGAAAUCAAUCGUCUCGAAAAAAUUACACGAAAGCGCAAUAAACGCUCAAACAAAAGAUACCAAGUGAUUAAAUUGUGGUACAAAAUGUGAAGCCAAAAUAAAACAACAACAAAAAUAGCAAAGAAAAAGAAACGCUAAAAAAUGCAAAAGCGCAAGAGAGCGAAGUGAAAAGUUUUAAAUAAGAGGUGAAAAAGAAUCACAUGUAAUUAAACGACGCACAAGCAACGAAAAACGAAGACAGAGAGAGAGAGAGAGAGAGAAAGAGGGCGAGAAAUACAAAGCCAUCGUGUGAAAGGUCCAGUGUCAGACCGUGAAGAAGACCCCAGUCUCUGUGUGCACAGUCCCAGUCCCGUGAGGGACCGCAGGCGACGCCACACGAGACGAACACGAAACGUAACGCGCACGGAGCAGCAGCUAAAAAAAAAGCAACCCACAAACAGGGGGAACGUUGUAAUAAAAGAAAACCAACACAAAAAAAAAAAACAAUUCGUUCGCCUCAGCCACAGCUUCGAUUUUGAGCUGUCAUAACGCCGAUACGACUCAGACGCAAAGGAAAACAACAUCGGCGGCGUGCAGGGCGCAAUCAAACAACACAUUGAAGCUAGGCAAAUUCAAGCUGAAAGAAACUACAAUAAGUACGCGGUCAACGCGCCUGCAGCAGCAGCAACAGCAAAAGCAGUGCAACAGUCAACACCACCAACAAAUAAAAAAUCCUCCGCCACGCAUACAAAGCAGGCAAACAAGCAAUCAAUCUUGACGUUCGAGCAAGCUGAGUAGUGAGUAGAAACCACUUUUGAGUGCAAAAGCAAUUGCGCUAUUCGCUCACACCGUUUUUGGCUGCAGCUGCAACAACGGCAACGGCUAUCAGGAAAAUUGAAAUUUUUCCUAUGCGUUGCGGAGCGUAAAAAACAGGUAUUAUAUGCAGCUAAACUCGAUGUAUAGAGAGAGAGAGAGAGAAGGAGAAUAGUUAAGAAUCAUUAUAACGUGUCAAAGCAGAAGAAAAGUGCAUGCGAUUGCUGCAGAGAGUGUGUGCAUCUGGUAUGAGAGAGCAAUAGCGCGAAAGAGGCGAGAGCGCGCUGCGUGCAACGAGAGAGCGCAACAUACUACAACUGGAACUGUUUUUGGUUGCGCUGCAUUCGUAUUUGUAACGACCACGGGUGGUGUGGGUACAGAGCAACUGUUGCAAUUACAACAACUAAAAAUAGUAACUAGUCUGGCUGGUUGCAGGCAAAAGGUGGUCACGCAAGACGUGUAACUAACUAACCAACGAAGAAACGAAAAAAGCGAACAAGCGGCCAGUCAGUCAACGAGGAAGUAGCGGCAAGACUACACUGGAAAGUUGAAAAGAACAAAAAGUACAAAAUAAAGCCAGUAAAAAGGCAGCUGUCGACUGAUACCGUGCACACAAGCACACGCGCGCGCGUUUGACAACAUUUUACACCUUUUUUUCCUGUCAUCAACGAAGUGCAAAAUAUACUGACGCUAAGCAGGCUGUCCUGCUGUAUGUCCGAAUGACCGAUUGAGCGCGCGAUAUCCAAGCUAAAACACGACGUCAAGGCAAUAGUUUCGGAAGCACGCGCACGCAAGGAAUACGCGAUAGUAGGGCGCGAAGAAAAUUCGUAUCCGCGCGGAGUGAACACAAAUACGAUUGAGUGAAGCGCAGGACCUCAUACACUGUUCCAAGCACAGCGCGGCACGGUAAUUUGCGUUUAGUUUUCAGUGACCAUCGCCGUAUUGUGCCGGGCGCAUACCCAAAUGCAAAUUUCAUACGAGUAUUAUUAUGGGCCGUUCCAAGUUUCCCGGGAAACCGUCCAAGUCGAUUAAUCGUAAGCGUAUCAGUGUAUUAAAAUUGGAUGAAGAAGCGGCGGCGGAACCUGAGGAUGAUCUAACAGCGGCGAGUGUUGGCAGCGAUAAACGCGACAACUGUGAUGAUGAUGAUGAUGAUGAUGAAAAGGGCGAUGGCAGUGGCACCGCAGGCGGUGAUGGUGUAGGAGAAAGCGGUGAAGCGGGAGGCACAAGUGAUGGCAGCGGUAGUGGUGGGGGCGUGCGCAAUGUAAACAGUGGCAGUGGUGCAAGCGGUGACAACGAGAUGGGGAGUGGUAAUAACGCCAGCGGCAAGGGCGCAAGAGCGGUGGGGGAUAGCGCUGCCAACAGCAGUAAACUUGCCAGUGGCGCGAAAAGUGCUGAAACUGCACAAAGAGCAGCAGUCAGCAACAGCACCAGUACCAGCAAAUUCAAAAAUAGGAGCAGCAGCAGGGGUAAAAGUAAGCACAAGGAGGCUGAUAAUACUGCUGCUGGCAGCCACGGCGAUAUGGAUAAAAUAGUCGAAGGCGAAGUUGCACUUGAUGGCAGCAAAAAGCAAGCAAGUGGCGUAAGUGUAGUUGCGGAUAAAGUGGAUGACAAAGCGCGUGCAACGAGGCAUAUGACAGCAACUGCUGCUGUUGACCAAGGAAAAGUUGUUGAUUGCGAUAAUGCAACGCAUAGUGCACAAAAGCAGCCCGUUGAUGUGGCUAUGGAAGUUGAAGAUGCUGAGGCUGAAGAGAAUGAAGGAGAUGAGUGUCAUAAUCCGCCGGGGAACGACCACUCAGUUGUUCUAGACGGUGAAGGUGCUUGUGAUGAUGUUGAUGGCCAUGACGACGAAGAUGACGACGACAACGACGACGACGAGGACGAGGAGGACGAGGAUGACAAUGUUUCGUGUACUAGUCGCAAAUCGGUGCAAUCUGCUUGCUCAGCGACCUCUUCAAACGCCUCAUCAAUUGGCUCCGCCACCACAACAACAAUAGCAACUGCAGGGCCAGGAGCUGGGUCAGUGGCAACAGCAUUGGCAUUUAGCCGUAGCAAACGUGAUGGUAAAUUUAAAAACUUGAAUCUUGCCAAGCCUGAGGUGAUGUUGCCAUCAUCGGCGAAAUUAAGGCAACUGCAACAACAAAACCAACUUAAUUGCCCUUCUCCACCACCAGCAACAGCAAGCGGCAACGGCAACUGCAACAAUCACGGUGGUGCAACUAAAUCGUCGACGACUACAUCUUCGGCCACGGCCACAAACACUUCGCGCUUCUCGAAUCCCUUCGCUGUCGAUGGUACGCUUUGUGCGGCUGACACUGACGAUGAGGCGUCGUCGUGUAUCAUGGCCGCUGAUGAGGUAAUAAAUGGCAGUGUUGGCGUUGCGAACGUUCACCAUGGCAAUGGAGGUUGCGGGAGCGGUGGAGGUGGUGGUGGUGUUGCCGGUAGCGGUUGUGCUGACAAUGAUGGCGUUGCAAUGAAAACCAACAUGAAAACGAACGAAAUGUCUUCAACCAGCCCCAGCAGUGGCAGCAACGGCCACCAUAAGCCCAGUGAUAGUACCACGGCUACAGCCGUCAACAGUAUUGGUGGUGAUUCGGCCACUUCAACAACGACAAGCGGCAAAGAAAGCAAAACAUCCUUAACCUCAAGUUGUGCUGCGGUGACAACGGCUGUUGUGAGCAGCGCAUCUUCCACUUCAUCGUCCUCGUCGUCUUCGUCAUCAUCCUCAUCAUCGGGUGGUGGCAAGCAGAAAAAGACCGUCACAUUCAAGAAUAUACUCGAGACGAGCGACGAUAAGAGCGCUGUGAAGAAGUUCUACAAUCCCGACAAUCGCAUACCGCUCGUAUCCAUCAUGAAGAAAGAGUGCAUGAAUCGCCCGCUACUCUACUCGCGCAACAGCGAAUGCAUUGUACGGCCAUCGAGGCUAACUGAGAUACUCAAGAACAAUUCAAAUAUCGACAAGCUAAAUUCCUUAAAAUUCCGCUCCAGCCACGCAACCGCCAGCACUGCAGCGACAACAGCUGUUGGCGGUGCUACUGCUAUAGCUGCUGUUACACUCGGCGCAACGUCAUCGACCGCAGCCGCAGCGGUUUUUGGUGGUUCGGGGCUCACUUGUGCAUUUGGCGCGGCAGCUGCCUAUGCUGAGGACCGCAAGCAUGACACCGUGGCCUUUAGGCUAAGCGAUACCACAGCGAACACACUGCAUACUACAAACGGUUACUCAAGCGAAAUAAAUCCAAAAAAAGAGCAUGGCACAGAGGUUGGUGAUGCGGUAGAAGCAGGCAACGAGGCGCAUGAGAUGGAGGAGGAUGAGCAUGAUGAAGACGUAGGCAGAAGCAAAGGCGCGGCGCUGGGUGAACAAGAUGAGGACGAUGACGAGGAGGAACAGCAAAUUGUGGUUGACAAGCAUUUUGUGUUGCCGAAGCGUAGCACACGCUCUUCACGUGUCAUCAAACCGAACAAAUGGCUGCUGGAAGAUGGCAUUAUAUGCAAGAAGGUGGCGCAUGUAAAGACGAAGCAAACCAAUGCAACGGCCACAGCAGCAGCAGCAGCACCUACAAGCGGAAGUGGCAGCGCAACGAAGAAGGAACAGCAAAACUACUUCGGUUUGGGUGGCUAUGCAGAGGCGGGCAACGCAGUUGCUGACACUUUGGGAAUUAAAAGCGGAAAGGACAACAACAAAGCUGCAUUUGGCAACUCGACAUUUUGUACGAACUUUGGCUCAAUUAAACCGAAUAGUUUUGUGUUGCGCCAGCCGCGCUUGCAAUUCGAUUCACCGACCGAACGUACAACGACAACGAAAGCUUCUUCAACAAUAGCAUCUUUAAGUUGCUCAACAACAACACCACUAUCUAUAACGGUGCCUAAGGCGCUGACGUUGUCAAUGGGUCUGAAAUCGUCCUUGUCAAGUGGCACAACGAGCGGCGCUGGCACUUUUGGCCUGAAUAGUGCCAAUAGCAUGCUAAGCAAAAGCGUUUUAGGUUCAGCUCCUGCCGCGUGCAGCGUUUGCAACACCCCCACACAUAGCAGCAAUCUGCAGCAACCACGAAAGUAUGGCGUACCUGCCUGCAGCGCUUGUCGCAAAUUUAUCUCGAAAAUCUCGAAAAAUAGCUCAAAUACAGCACUGAAAAGUCUACAACUGCAUUGCAAAGGAGAUGGCAACUGCACACUCCAGCCGUACACGAAAAUCCAUAUCAAAAAUUUCAAAAAAGUCUACAAAGAACGCUGUACAUCUUGUUGGCUGAAGAAAUGUCUCCAAACGUUACAGGUACCGCCUGCAGAUAAACGACGUUUGAGUGCCGCGCUUCCGACAUCAUUGCUAAAGCAAAUUGAGGCGAAACGAGAGCGUGAUCCCGAAGAGGAGAGUGGUGAGCUACACGCGACACGCAAAGAGCUGGACUUGGCUGAUCUCUCUCCCACUGGACUCUUUGGCACCGCACGUUUCAAGUGGAAGCCUACUUUGGAAGUUGCGAAUGAAAGUUUGAAAUUGAACCUUAAAACCAAUCCGUUGGCAGAAAAUAAUGCCACGUUCGGCAGUUCGGUUAUUCUGAGGCCGCCUAUACUGGAAAAGCCGCUCUUCUUGAAAAGCCCAAUUGGGGCGGCAGCAGCAGCGCUGCAGCUAAAGGAGAAACACGAAAAUCCACAGACCACAAAUAACAAGAACGAAGAUAAGAUGCAGGCGCAGUUGUCAUCACCUGAGAGUAGCACACAGCAGAGAGUGACCAAGAGUAAACGCAGGGACAAGCACGACAAGGAGAAGGAACGUGACACAGAGAAGAAACGUCUCUCCAAAGAACGUGGCAGGGAGAAGGAACCUGAGGCAAGCAACGUAAAAGCGACAGCAAACAUCAAAAUCCAAGCUGCAUUAGCAACUGAGAGUACGACAAAUGCGCUAGCGAUCAACACUAAAGUUGAUACUAUUGAAAUAAAUACAAGAGCCGCCAAGGCGGCGUCACUGUCCCCGGCGGCCAUAGCAGCCGCAGGUGGUGUCGCUGCAGACGUAGUGAGCAAUCUAGGGAGCACAACAACAACCGCUGGCACGUCCGGCGCAUCACCGCAACAAUCUCCAGUAAUAGCUGCAGCAACACCCUCAUCAAGCGACUCGCUAAAGCGUCAGCGCAUCGACAUAAAGGGGCCGCGUGUGAAACAUGUCUGCCGCAGCGCAUCAAUCGUUCUAGGCCAACCGUUGGCCACAUUCGGCGAAGAGGAGACAGAAGAGGAGGAAGCACUUGCCAUAGCAGAGGAUGUUAGGUCUAGCGCAGCAACAACGUCAGUAUCGAACAAGCCGGAAGAAAUAGUAAUUGAAAGUAGCAAUGAGGCAGCGCCAUCGCUGGCGCCAGCGCCAGAGCAGCCGCAAGCUGUACAGCAAACAAAAGAAUCCAAGGCUACGCCGCAAGAUAAGAAGGAAGGGGAGAUAAUCAGUGAAAAAGUUGAACUUGCAGAGAAGCUUACGCAGCCUGCGCAGGCCAAGUGGACUUCUAUCACACUUCCGUCUACAAGCAUUGAAAAAGCCGCGCCAGCAGCUGCCGAAAGUGUUCUACCAACGGCGCCCAAGGCAGCUAAAAUCGUCAACAGUACGCCUGCUGAAAAGAAGGAGGUGACCGCUGCGGUUGCGGCAGAUGUCGAACCGGUUGAGAAACCUUCGUUGCCGCUUCAGCCCGCUAAGGCGGUGACGCGCAAUUCCAACGCAAGCAACAUCAAUUUGCAAAUUCACCGCGGCACGUCCUCAACUUCCUCCUACGCUACAACAUUCGGCAAAAAACCAAUACGUCAAAUCAGCAGCGAUGCAAACACAGCAUAUCAGCAACAGCAGCAGCAACAACAACAACUGCUGCGACGCAAGGAGCCACAGAAACUAAGAACACUGAUCUCAAUUGACUUUUGGGAGAACUACGAUCCAGCCGAGGUGUGCCAAAGUGGAUUUGGCCUCAUUGUCACCGAGACGGUGGCACAACGCGCACUCUGCUUCCUCUGCGGCUCAGCAGGCCUAGAGCCUUUGAUUUUCUGCGCCUGUUGUUGUGAGCCAUAUCACCAGUAUUGCGUUAUGGAUGAGUACAAUUUAAAGCAUUCCUCACUGGACGACACAAUGCUCAGCUUCAUGGACAUUUCCACAAUGGGUCACAGCACUGCAGCGCCCACACCAGAACAAUUCAACCAAAUAACAAAUCGUUUGAAUUGGCUGUGCCCGCGAUGUACUGUGUGUUACACGUGCAAUAUGUCUUCGGGCUCAAAGGUGAAAUGCCAGAAGUGCCAGAAGAACUAUCACUCCACUUGUCUGGGUACAAGCAAGCGGCUGCUAGGCGCCGAUCGCCCACUUAUUUGCGUGAAUUGUCUCAAAUGCAAGUCUUGCUCUACAACCAAGGUCUCGAAAUUCGUCGGCAACUUGCCCAUGUGCACACCUUGUUUCAAGCUGCGCAAGCGUGGCAACUACUGUCCGAUAUGUCAGAAGUGCUACGAUGACAACGACUUCGAUCUGAAGAUGAUGGAGUGUGGCAACUGCAAUCAUUGGGUGCACUCGAAGUGCGAGGGUCUCUCCGACGAACAGUACAACCUGCUGAGCACUUUGCCGGAGUCAAUAGAAUUCAUUUGCAAGAAAUGCGCGCGUCGCAAUGAAGACUGCAAAAUGAAAGCGGUGGAGUGGCGUACUGCAGUGAUGGAGGAAUUCAAAAGCAGCCUAAUGAGCGUGCUCAAACUGUUGAGCAAGUCGCGGCAAGCGUGCGCGCUACUCAAACUCAGCCCACGCAAAAAAGUUCGCUGUGUUUGUGGCAACAGCACUGGGCAGAUGAACUGCCGCGCGCAGCCGAAGAGUCUACAAUUCAACAACGAGGCUGAGCGCGAUGCACUCGCAUUGAGCAGUGAUGUGGAAUCUCAGUGCAGCACCAGCGAUGUGUAUGAAUUCAAGGACAAGCCCAGUGAAGAGAAAAUGCCUGACAAGUGCACCUGCAUGGUGAAAAUGACGAGCUACAGCGCGUACGGCAAUGGUGGCGGUCAAGCGGCGAGUAAUCUCAGUCUAAUGGAUAUUAAAAAGAAAAUCAACAACAACGAUUAUGUUUCGCUUGCGGAAUUCAACUAUGACAUGAUCAAUGUGAUACAGAGUGUGAACUGUGAUGAACUAGUUAUUGCAUACAAUGAAAUUUUGAGUGAGCAAUUCCCUUGGUUCCAAAACGAGACGAAAGCAUGCACUGAUGCGCUCGAGGAGGACAUGUUCGAGUCAUGCUCCUAUUCCAUGGGCAACUCAAUGGACGCACAAGACGAUUUUGUAGAGGAAGAGCACAAUCGUGCCGUCAUCGAUCUGCCUGAAGAUAUUGAGGAGGUGCUUUACUCGCUCAAGCCGCGCGAUGACCUGCGCACCUGUCUAUUCUGUCGCAAAUCCGGCGAAGGUUUGUUCAAUGAAGAAUCUCGAUUGCUGUACUGCGGGCACGAUUGCUGGGUGCACACGAAUUGUGCUAUGUGGUCGGCCGAAGUAUUCGAAGAAAUCGACGGCUCACUGCAGAACGUGCACAGCGCCAUCGCGCGCGGUCGCAUGAUAAAAUGCACAGUGUGUGGCGGUCGCGGGGCCACAGUUGGUUGCAAUGUGAAAUCUUGCGGUGAACAUUAUCACUACUCGUGCGCACGCAACAUUGCCUGUGCGUUUAUGACCGAUAAGUCAGUGUACUGCCCGGAUCAUGCGCGCCAAGCGCUCAGAAGCAACACGGCGCUAACGAUUGAGACGAAUUUCGAGGUAGCGCGUCCCGUCUACGUGGAGCUGGAUCGUAAGCGUAAGAAACUGCUGGAGCCAAGCAAGGUGCAGUUCCACAUUGGUUCACUUGAGGUGAAGCAGCUGGGCACUGUGUUUCCACGCUUUUCCGAUACCUAUGAGGCUAUUGUACCGAUUAACUUUCUCUGCUCGCGUCUGUACUGGUCGUUCAAAGAACCCUGGAAGGUCGUCGAGUAUACUGUGCGUACCACAGUACAGAAUAGCUUCUCAUCAUUGACACUCGAUGCGGGCCGCAACUUCACUGUAGACCAUAGCAAUCCCAAUGUUUCGAUAGUGCAGCUGGGAUUGGCACAAAUCUCUUGUUGGCACAGUAGCUUGGCUCGCGGCGAAUUGAUGGACUACGAGGCAGUUGAACUACGAAACUCUACGCUGACUAAGCUGCUACCGGAGUACUUAAUGCACAGCCAAAACUCUUGUUCCACGCCAGAUGAAAAUACCGAGGAGGAACCACAAACGAAUGCGGACUUGUUGCCGCCGGAGAUAAAGGAAGCCAUUUUUGAAGACCUACCACAUGAACUACUCGAUGGCAUUUCAAUGCUGGACAUAUUCCCCAAAUUCAUGAUCUACGAAGAGAUGGGCGGCAAUAGUGAAGGCAAGACAGCUGAAAUGUAUCUGAAUGAGCAAUCGAAAGAUGGCGUGGCUACAUCAUCUGUCGUAGCUGCUGCGCUGGCCGCCUCUAAUGCAGGCAACAGCGGAAAUUGCAGCGCCUCUAGCGUGCAGGUAUCCGACGAAGAUACAGCUAAUUCAUCGCUUAGUAAGCAGUUAGAACUGAGUAAUUCCUGCUCAUCAACUAACACGAACUUGGCUAUAGGUCAUGUGGAGGAUGCGCUGCUUUCGUGCUCACGCGUCACCAACUCCCAACUGCGACGCGCCAUGAGCAGCACGGAAUUGCAACGCAGCAAAGCCGAGAUGCUCAAAAAGACAUGGACAAAGUUUGAGAGCGUCAGCACGGCGGCUGCAGCGGCGGUAAUUAAAAAAAGGAAACUUUCCAAAGGUCCAUCGGAGCUACGUAUGGCAGAGAGUGUGUUGCACAGCCUGCACCAACAUCGCACAAAGAAAGACAAUGCCGUGGGCGCUUCACGCCGCCAAUCUAUCUCGAGUGAGUCGGAAAGUGCCACCACGCUGCGCACAAAAACUUUCACAUGGAGCGCGGCGAAGCGCUAUAUAGAGCCGCACACAGUCGACGAGAAGGACGAAUCGAAAAUCAAGCUCAUGCAAGUGGAUGGCGUUGACGACUCAAUCACAGAGUACCGUAUUAUCACCAGCGACGCACAGUUUACAGGCACGGUGAAAUGCGAACGUUGUCAUUGCACCUACCGCAACUACGAGUCCUUUCAACGUCACCUUGCCACCUGCGAACCACUCUCAACUAGCGAAUCCGAGUCUGAUGGCACGUCCCGCUCGCCGGGUUCAGCGACAAACGGCAGUCCACCGCUGGGCGGCUUGGAUGCCAACAUCGAUUUGAGUAAGUUGGGCCAGACGCAGCGCACAGCCACACUUACCAGCACCGCCAACAGUUUGCCCUUCCUUCAAGCCUUUUCGCAGGCCAUACCACUUGGAAGCAUACAAGCCAACUUUAAUGGCAUACCUAUUGCGAAUAUGUCUAACGGUUUUCAGAGCGUGCAAGGUCUGCAGAACAUACAGAACAUACAAGGCCUACAAAACAUACCAGGCUUACAGAAUAUACAGCUGCAAGGUUUGCAGACACCGCAGGCACUUGGCGGCGGUUUCUUCAUUUCGCAGGCGAAUCCAACCACUUCAACCACCGACGAAGUACAGCUGUUGAACUCACUGCAGGGAUUGACAGCGAAUUUGAAUGGCACCUACACGUUGGCGCCCACCGGAUUUGGCACCACCACUGUACAAGCAGCUCAACAACAACCACAACUAAUUGCAGUCUCUACAUCGCCUGAUGGGACACAGCAAAUCAUACAACUACCCUCGGGUGUUACAACGCAGCCAAUGGCCAAUCAGCAACUAUUGCAAGGACUAAACGCUUUCCAGACCCUGCAAGCCACAAAUAGUGAUAAGAAAAUUAUAUUGCCUGUGGCUACAACCGGCAAGCCUUUGAAAACUGUUGCCACCAAGGCCGCGCAGCAGGCGGCCAAGAAUAAGUUGAAAGCUGGCAGUGCCACGGUAAAGCCCAUACAAUCGAAAAUCAACACCGCCACAGUAACAGUGUCACAGCCCUCAAUGCAUGCUGCACCACAACCGCCACCUACACCGAUAACUGUGCUCAAUACCGGUGGUAACGGUACACAAUUGCUCAACCAGAAUUUGUUACAACAAAUGCAAGCCGCCGGCUUGGCUACCACCACCACGCAACAGCCACAGCUGCUCUUCCAAACCGCCAACGGCCAGCAGCAGCCGAUCGUCAUGCAGCAGCUGAGUGCACCUAACGCCACAGUGCCGCAAAAUAUAAUCUCGUUCGUGACCACUGAUGGUACACAAACACCACAGGUGCAAUACAUGACCAUACCUACGGCCAAUGACUAUAAGCCACAAACGCAGGCGACGCCAUUUAUCACUGCAACUCCAGCGCCGGCAAAUCAAUAUCUACAGGGUGCUUUUCUACAAACCGACGCUAGUGGUAAUCUGAUGCUCACCACAACGCAAACACCUACCGGCUUGCAAAUGCUUUCAGCCACACCUUUGAACAUAGCGACCGCGACGCAGGCGCCGCCACAACCGCAAGUAAUUGGGACGCUCAUUAAUCCGCAAACCUUGCAGUUGGGCGGUAAUGUUAUAGCGACCACAACGGACCCACAACAGCAACAGCAAGUGAUAAUUGGUGGCGGUGCCACGGGUUUGGAAAUGAUUGCUGCAGCAAAUGCGGGCGCCCCACAAGUCAUACUCUCCACACAGCCAAUGUACUAUGGACUGGAGACGAUAGUGCAAAAUACAGUGAUGUCUUCGCAGCAAUUUGUCUCCACAGGCAUGCUGAGUCAAAAUGCCAGCUUCUCGGCGACCACAACGCAGGUAUUCCAGGCAAGCAAAAUCGAACCCAUUGUGGACAUACCAUCCGGUUAUGUAGUGCUUAAUAACGUCGAUACGACUCCCGCAAUAGUGCAACAACAACCAGCAACUUCGCAACAGCCGAAUUUCCUAAAUGCGUCUACAGUAUUACAACAAACCCAACAGCAACCUGUACAUGCCAGCGGACUGCAGAAUAACGAGCAACAGCCAAUUUUCCGACUGCAAACAGUUGAUAACAACAGCAGCAACGUUUCAGCUACAGUGACUGCAGCUACAGUUACGCCAACUGUGACGGGAUCAAGUUUCCAAUUCCAGCCGCAACCACAAUCACAGCCUGCGCACCCAACACAGCAGCAACAACAACAACAACAGCAAGUGAUCGAGCAACUGCAGCAGCAGCAGCAGCAGCAAAAUACCAAUGUGCAAAUCGUAACGGCGAAAGUGCCACCUGUGGCGCAAGUGAAGCGUAGCAACGCGGUGAAGGCAACACCAGUGGCGGCCGUGACGAAGGUGCAGCCGCAACAGGUGGUGAAUAAGGUAAUGCCCACUACAGUAGUGCAGCAAACGCAAGCGCCGACGAGGGUAGCAAACAAUAAAGCACAACAACAACAGCAGGCGAACGCGCGGAAUGCAGCCGCAGCAGCUGCCACAGCGGCGGCGGCGGCGGCAGCGGCAGCGUCAACAGCAGCAACUGUCUCAGUGACAGUCGCUGAUGCACAAAUCACAUUGACGCCCGUCACAAAGACAACGCCGUCGCAACUUGCCACAGGUGCUGCAUAUACAAAAGUGUCCAACAGCAGCGACACAACAGCCGUCACUAUAUUUGCUACACCUGUUACUACAACAACCACCACGCAACCUACUAAAGCAAAGACUAUGCCUACUGUGGCGGCUACAAUGCCGACAUCAGCGCGCAAAACAAACCUUAUACGGCCAAUUAAUAAGGCGGAGGUGAAGCCGAAGGUAAUAAAGACCGCUGCGACCGCUCCCAAACAGCAGCCAGCGCAGCCUAAAGUUCAGCAACAGCAGACGAUACAACAACAAAAACAACCACAGCAGCAGCCAACACCACAAGCGGCACAACAACAAACAGCGAAGAUGGCAAUGCUAAAGCCGCAGCCGCAACCUGCUCAGGUUGGUUUGCCACAGCCGCAGCAAAGCCAGGUGCAGACACAACAAUACGCCAGCGAACAGGCAGCACGCGCUCUAACAUCUACGCCUACCCCAGCUGCCAUGCCGGCGACAGUGAACAACAACAUGGGCGGCAACAAAUUAGUGGAGUUCCCACAGCCAAAUGCUGUGAUGCAGCCCCAGCUUUUCCCCGAGCCGCCAGCAGUCACACAACAACCAUACAAUAAUGCGCCCACGUCUAUGUACAAUAACGGCGUGGUGCAGGAGGAGCAGCAAGAGCCGCCACCGCCUCACUUGACCAACGGCAACAUGUCGCACAGCUAUGAUUGCAGUCAUCAGCAGCAACAGCCGCAGCUACCACCACAGGAAAUCGAAUUUAAUAGCCUCAGCUUGGAGCAAGUGGAGAGCUUUGCACCACCAACACCGCAGCAGUCGCAUGAGCAGGCAAGCAAUAUCUUGCCAGCAGCGCACAACUCCAACAGCAAUGGCGCGCUUGCCAGUAUUUGUAAUAAUAACAACGGCAACAGCAAUAAUCGCUGCCUGCAGUAUUCGAAUUCGGCCUUCAAUGUGCCGACGAAUAUUGUGAAUCCCUUGCAGCAAACUCUCCAGUACAAUAACAACAAUUCCGCCGGCAACGGUGGCACCACAAAUACAACAACAACUAUGGGCUCGCGUCCAACGAAUCGUGUGCUGCCGAUGCAGCAGCGUCAGGAGCAUAUAGCCACCACAACGCCACCACUGCAGGUGAAGCAACCCACAGCUACCAUGCCGAAGUUGGCACCAUUGAAUACUGUGGGCGCCAAGUGCUUUGAUCCCGCCAGCGCGGUGAAUGGCGCCAAGAUCUACUACGAGGCUGAGGUGAAGAAGGAUGAGCAAAUGCUGCAUAUACUGCACUCACCUCAACAUCAGCAGCAACAGCAGCAGCAAGUGUUGCAAAUGCAGCUACAUGAGCCACACCAGGAGACGACUAGCAUCGUGAAGUCACUUUCGCCGGAGGGGCACUUCGUCGAGGAUACGCUCAAAUGCGAUCUGGACCUCAUGGAAACCGAGACCACGCUGUCGACGACCUGCCAGCAGCUGCAGGAAAUGGUGCACAACAAUUUGCCGCGCUACACCGGCACCUGUUUGGUGGCGAACGAGAAACCCAAAGACCUCACGCCCACACCAGAGGAUGCCUACACGCUUAACGGACACGUGGAUGCAUUGGGUGGCAACGAUAUGUGUGAUCAUGAUGGCGACUGUAUGGACGAUAUGGAUGACGACGACGAAGACGAUGAUGAGGAUGAUGAAGACGAUGAUGGCUUUAGCUUGAAAAUGCCAACGGAGGAUGGUGAUCAUGAUAUGUCCGACAGUGAUGAGCCCGCCGUGAAGGAGAAGAUUAGCAAAAUACUCGACAAUUUGACUAACGAAGAUUGUGCUGACUCACUGGCCACGGCCACCACAGCCGAAGCGGCCAAUAUUGAACUGAGCAAUGUUGGUUACCUAAGCGGCAUGACGGGCGCCGGCCCCAAAAUGGCCGCCGAUGCAGUUAAAUAUCAAAAUGGUUUGGCCAACAAUUACUCAGGCGUAACAGCGGAAGAGACCGCCGCUGUUGCAGCAGCUGCCUCAGAAUACAUUACACAAAUGGCCGCCAAGAUGAGCGCGCAAAUGCCGAGUGGCUCGUUGGAGGUGAUAGGCACAAACUUCGAUUUGCAAAAGCUCGCACCAAAGUUAACGCCGCAAGUAACUUUAGACGCGCAUGCGUCACAUCCAGCGUCGCAGCAAUGCGAAGAGGCACCAGCGCGCACCAGCGUACACGCCGCACGCAUGCAGGAUCCCUUGCUGGCGACACGUAAACCCACGCCACCACCACCGCCGCCACCGCAACGCGAUCCAAAGAAGAUCAGCGGCCCACAUCUGCUGUACGAGAUUCAAAGUGAGGAUGGUUUCACCUACAAAUCUACCUCAAUUGCAGAUAUUUGGGAGAAAGUUUUCGAGGCAGUGCAGGUCGCGCGGCGCGCGCAUGGUUUAUCACCGCUGCCCGAGGGGCCGCUCGCCGAUAUGGCCGGCGUUCAAAUGAUGGGUCUAAAGACGAACGCGCUCAAGUACUUAAUCGAACAGUUGCCUGGUGUGGAGCGUUGCUCCAAAUAUACGCCGAAGUACCAUAAACGCGCAGCGGCAAGCGCGCACGCAGCGGCCACUACAGGGGCUCCAUCGUCAGCAACCAAUAGCGCUGCAAUGGCGAGCGCGCAGCUUGCCGGUGGCAGUGGUAUUGACCUAAAUGCGACACUGGAUUAUGCCUCUGAUCAGGAUGAGCUACAGGAGAAUCCGUACGAAUCGGCGCGCUGUGAACCGUAUGCGUCGCGCUCCGAAUACGAUAUGUUCAGCUGGCUGGCAUCAAGGCAUCGUAAACAACCGAUACAAGUGUUUGUGCAGCCUUCCGACACGGAGUUGAUACCGAGGCGCGGCACUGGCAGCAAUCUACCAAUGGCCAUGAAAUAUCGCACACUGAAGGAAACUUACAAAGAUUAUGUGGGCGUUUUCCGCUCACACAUCCACGGACGUGGUCUUUACUGCACAAAGGACAUUGAAGCUGGCGAAAUGGUGAUUGAAUACGCAGGCGAACUGAUACGUUCCACUUUAACCGAUAAGCGUGAACGCAACUACAAUAGUCGCGGCAUUGGCUGUUAUAUGUUCAAAAUUGACGACAAUUUGGUGGUGGAUGCUACCAUGCGCGGUAAUGCGGCACGCUUCAUAAAUCACUCGUGUGAGCCCAACUGCUACUCGAAAGUGGUGGAUAUACUCGGACAUAAACACAUCAUAAUAUUCGCUUUGCGACGCAUUGUACAAGGCGAAGAGCUAACCUAUGAUUACAAAUUUCCCUUUGAGGAUGAGAAAAUACCCUGUUCCUGUGGUUCGAAGCGUUGCCGAAAGUACUUAAAUUAGAAAAAAAAAAACGAAAGGAUCUAAUAAUAAUUAUAGUCAAAACCAAAUAAAUAUGGAAUAGUAAGAGGGGAAAGUAGAAUUUAAAUGUGUAUGGUUUGGCGGAGAGAAGAAUUAAAUGAAGCUUAACGGUACCAUGCUGUUUAAACUUAAGUAAAGUUUUAAAAGGACGACGCUUUUAAGCAUUAAGAAUUGUUUUAACCACACAAAGCUGCGUUGCAUUAAAAUGACACACACACAUGGGUACAUAUGUAAGUGCUUGCAUGCGUUUCGCAUAAGUGGUGGGCAACAGUAAACGUUUUUUGUUAAAUAAAACCUACUACUUUACCAUGCUAGUGAUAAGCGUUGAUGAUGGCAUUGACAUUUUUAGUGUGCAGCUGUGACUUUGGCGGACAAGUUUGAUCGAAUAUGUUGAUAUUAUUGAUAGAAUUGGAGACAUGUCAGUAUUCACUAAUAAUGAUUUUUGUUAAAAUAUAACUGAGCCACAUAAAGUUACAUAUACAUAUAUGUAUACCCACACACACACACACACACACACACACACACACACACACACACAAACAACACACAGAAAAACACAUGCAUACACAAAAGUAACGAAAAGUGAUUAUAAUGGAAAUUUAACUUACUUAGUUUUACUGAUGUAACUAUUAAACUACCAUAUAUGUAUAUACAUACACACAUACUUAUUUACGUAUGUAUAUGUAUUAGUAAGAAAAGCGUAAGGAAUUUAAGUAUAAUGCUAUUAAAAACAAAACCUUUAACGGAUUAGUUGUGGUGAGCAGUAAGCAAAGAAUUAAAGCAGAUUUUUAUUAUGUCUACAAAACGUAUUUAUUACUAACUAAAA